GACGUCGUUUAGUUGUCUGCAGGCAAAGAUGGCGGUACGGAAGAAAGACGGCGGCCCAAAUGUCAAAUAUUUCGAAGCGUCUGAUACAGUCUCUCAGUUUGAUAAUGUGCGCGUCUGGCUGGGAAAGAAUUACAAAAAGUACAUCCAAGCAGAGCCCCCAACCAACAAAUCUCUGUCCAGUCUUGUGGUCCAGCUGCUCCAAUUCCAAGAGGAGGUGUUUGGCCGACAUGUCAGCAACCCCCCGCUCACCAAGCUGACUAUGAAAUCUUUUCUAGACUUCAAGGCUGGAGGUGCUCUUUGCCACAUCCUGGCAGCUGCAUACAAGUUCAAGAGUGACCAAGGAUGGCGCAGGUUUGACUUCCAGAAUCCGUCUCGGAUGGACCGAAAUGUGGAGAUGUUUAUGACGAUUGAGAAGUCCUUAGUGCAGAAUAACUGCUUGAGUCGACCAGUCAUCUACUUGAGCUCUGACAUAGAGCCAAAACUGCUGGGGAAGAUCAAAGACAUCAUCAAGAGACAUCAGGGCUCGGUGACUGAGGACAAAAGCUCCAGCUCCCACAUUGUCGUUCCAAUUCCCGGCAGCUUGGAAGACGAGGAGUGGGUGCGCCCUGUGAUGAAGAGGGACAAGCAAGUUCUCCUUCACUGGGGAUAUUUUCCUGACAGUUAUGAUACCUGGAUCCCAGCUAGUGAGGUUGAGGCCUCUGUGGAAGAUGCCCCCAGCCCAGAGAAGCCAAGGAAGGUCCACGCGAAGUGGAUUUUAGACCUGGACCAGUAUAACGAGUGGAUGAAUGAGGAGGACUACGAAGUGGGAGACGGUCACCCCAAGAGGAAGAGGAUAUCGGCCAAGACUCUUACGGAUGAGGUGACCACUCCGGACGAGCGCAGAGAUAAGAAGCCCGCGGGUGCCAAGAAGAGGAAGCGCUCGCCGUCGCCGUCUCCCACGCCGCCACCGCAGGAGAGCAAGAAGAAGAACGCUAAAAAAGGGCCGACGACACCGUACACCAAAUCCAAACGGGGCCAAAGGGAAGAGGAACAAGAGGAUCUCAGUAAGGAUUUGGAUGAAGCAUCACCUGUUCCGGCAUCAGAAGACGGAAAUGCAGCCAAAACAAAUAGCACCAAGAAGGAUUCUGAUUCCACACCAGUCAAGGGAGGAGCAGAUAUAGAUGAGCAAGAGGAUGAGUCCAUGGACGUAACAGGGAAGGAGGAGGAAGAGAGCUCCCCGAGUGUUAAGGGGGAGCCAGUCAAAGGCGCGGACCUUCACGAAGACAACGUGACGGAGCAGACACAUCACAUCAUCAUACCAAGCUACGCUGCCUGGUUUGACUACAACAGCGUCCAUGCGAUUGAGCGCAGAGCCCUUCCAGAGUUCUUCAAUGGAAAGAAUAAAUCUAAAACCCCGGAGAUCUACCUGGCAUACAGGAACUUCAUGAUUGACACUUACCGACUAAACCCUCAGGAGUACCUCACCUCCACCGCCUGCCGCAGGAACCUGGCGGGAGAUGUCUGUGCAAUCAUGAGAGUCCAUGCCUUCCUGGAGCAGUGGGGACUAAUCAACUACCAGGUGGACUCCGAGAGCCGGCCCACCCCUAUGGGCCCCCCACCCACUUCCCACUUCCAUGUCCUUGCAGACACGCCGUCCAGUCUGGUGCCCUUACAGCCCAAGACAUCCCAGACUCCUGCGCCCCAGCAGAUGAUGUCCUUCCCAGAUAAAGUGAAAGAUAAACCAGCAGACCUGCAGAACUUUGGGCUUCGGACUGACAUGUACAGCAAAAAGAUAGGCUCCUCAAAGAGCAAGAGUGCAACAAGUGCUAUGAGGGAUUGGACAGAGCAGGAAACACUAUUAUUACUUGAGGGAUUGGAGAUGUACAAGGACGACUGGAACAAGGUGUCAGAACAUGUCGGCAGCCGCACACAGGAUGAGUGCAUCCUGCAUUUCCUUCGUCUGCCUAUCGAAGACCCCUAUCUCGAGGAAAGCUACUCGUCCCUUGGGCCGCUGGCUUACCAGCCGGUGCCUUUCAGCCAGGCAGGAAACCCCGUAAUGAGCACAGUUGCGUUCCUUGCCUCGGUAGUGGACCCUCGUGUGGCCUCAGCAGCGGCUAAAUCCGCUCUGGAGGAGUUCUCUCGUAUGAAAGAGGAAGUUCCUGCGGCCCUGGUUGAGGCUCACGUGCGGCGGGUGGAGGAGGCAGCGAGGGCCAGCGGGCGACAGGACCCUCUGUAUGGCCUCGAGGGUAGCGGCAUCGCCGGCACCGGCCUGGAAGAAGGCGAGAGAACGGAUGAGAACAAUGACGAAAGUAAGAGUGACAGCCAGUCAAACGAGGAGAAGAAGGCUGCCAAGGACAGCAAAGAUGGAGCGAAUGAGGAAGAAGACAAGGUGACAGAGAAUGGGAAGAAAGAGGAGGAGAGAGGAAGAGAAGCUGAGGGCGAGAGGGAGGCAGACAAAGCCGACUCGGAAAUGGGUGACAACGAGAAGGAGAAGGGUGGAAAACAAGGUGAGGAAGGGCAAAGAGAAUCUGAAAGUGAGGGAGAAAAGAAGGCCAAGGUGGAGCGAGAUGUGGGCGAGGGCAACUUGGCCACCGCCGCUGCAUCAGCGCUGGCGGCGGCAGCCGUCAAAGCCAAGCACUUGGCUGCAGUGGAGGAAAGGAAGAUCAAAUCUCUGGUGGCAUUGCUGGUGGAGACCCAAAUGAAAAAACUGGAGAUCAAACUGCGACACUUUGAAGAACUGGAAACCAUCAUGGAUCGAGAGAGGGAGGCUCUGGAGUACCAGCGACAACAGCUUCUAGCUGACCGUCAGUCCUUCCACAUGGAACAGCUCAAGUACGCCGAAAUGCGAGCUCGCCAGCAGCACUUCCAGCAGAUCCAGCAUCAGCAGCACAGCCAAGCCGGGGGUCCUCAUCCCCCUCAGACCUCGUCGGGCUCUCAAAACUCGGCCUCGGCUCAGCAAUCCGCCAGCACGCCGGCGCCGCAGCCGGCACCCAGCCCCGCGCCGUCGGCCUCCGCGGGGUCAGCCUCGGAGUCCCAUCCGCCUCCGGCUGCCCACGUGUCACCCCCGUGCCCCCCGGGCCAGCCCGUGACUGGCCACUCGGGCUCUGGCAGCGCCCCUUCACACCAUGAAUCCAACACUCCUCUACCCGUCGAAAUGCUUCACACCUCGGCUCCGGUUCCAGCUCCACGGUAAAAGAUGAAAAAUUGCCAUGAAGAAAAAAAAUCAUUUCAAUUGUUCUUGUCCAACUGGACAAUUGAUGUGAGGAAAGACGACCUGUUUAAAUUGGCUCAAGAAAGUUUUCACACUACAUGAAUUUAGAUUUCUGGUGAGCUAUGAGGGUCUUGACAUGUUUGUGCUGAAGGAAACCAAGAGUCAUCUUGUUGCUUUUAUUUUUUUCCCACAAGAGUCCAUAGCAGCUAAUUCACUCUCAAGUCUUUUCGAUGUCUCUUGAGUUCCCCGUCAGUACUAAUUGACAUUUACAAGUAUGUAUGGAAAAAAAAGCACUUUUAAUCUUUCCUCGGGUCUCAUUUUAAGACUUGAAGCAUCCAUGAAAUUGAACUUAAGCACUUAUAAACCUUUUGCUGUCUUAAAUACCGUUUCAUACCGAAUGAUUGAUUGGAAAUCUCCUGUCAAUUGCGUGGACACUCCGAAGGACGCAUUUUCAUCGAUAUGUUACCUGACAUUAGUCUGGAUGCCAUUUCAAACUAUGUACUGUAAACUGGGUCUUCUGUUACAAUUUCCAUGUAUUUGUAUGAAAAAUGAUUUCAAUUACUGACAUUGUGUCCGCUAGUUGUUCCUGCAGACAAGAAAAACACUUACCUUUUGAAGUACUUUAAUAAUAAUAAUAAUACAGCACUUGGGAGAGUUAAAAAAAAAAAAAAAGAAAAAGAGAUCAUGAGGAGCUUAAGAUGUGAGGAAUGUACCGGAGUGCUGUCCGAAAGGAAUGACUGAAGCAGCAAUCGCAAAGUUUGUCAUUUGCGUCUAUCGCUAAACCAAAACGUUAUGUUUUUGAAAUCAUGUUCUCUCACACUUAGUGAGUUUUAUUGGUGUUGUUUGUGGAAAUGAAGAGGAUUGGCCGGUUCAUUUGAAGUUGCAAAAUGAAGGAGAAAAAAAAAAGACAAAAAGGAUCCUUUCAUAUCUGCAACAAUAUCCUCACUUUUUAUUCAAUCAAUUUUUAUAUUUUUUACUGGUUUUUCCAUCGUCUUUCUUUGAUAUCAAUAUCGUAACGGAAUAUUGUUAACUUUGUAGCCUCUAUUUACCCUUUGUGUGAUUGUGAGGAUGUGUGCGAAGGCAUGCCUUGAGAAUCUGUAAACGUUUCUUACUAUCAUGCAGUUUUAUUUCCGGUGCCAUUCCGUGUAUGUGUGAAUGUGCCAUGAAGUAUAACCCUUUCUUCGGGUGAACUUGUUUUGUCAGUAUUUCACGUCUCACCUGAGCUGUGAGUCAAGUUACCGGCAUCUGUGUUAUGACGAUAUCGCGUGGACUUUGUGUAAAGAUGAUACAGCAUUUUUGUGUGUUCGGUUCCUGUAUGUUUUCACACAGCUGAAGGAAGCAGCUCUUGCAAUUAUUCUUACAAAAUGUCCAAAUGUUCUCAGUGACUCAUCACUUCAGUGCGUCCUCAAUCUGGCAGUUUGGAUCCCCCAAAUCUGAAGAGGUUUAAUGAUGAGGGGGGGA